AUGGGCAGUAAUAUUAUUAUGCUCGUCUUUUUAAUCUUGCUGCUGUUUCUUGAUCCUUGUUUUUCACUGCCAUUAUGUACUGAUUCAAGAGCACCCUCAACUCCAAAAGCUAAGCUGGAGUUUUGUUCAUAUAAUGGAACCGGUUGCUGCAACAAUGCUGAUGAUCUUCGCUUGAAGAAGCAAUUCGAGUCUAUGAAUGUUUCUGAUUCUGAUUGUGCUUCUCUUCUGAAAUCCAUCCUUUGUGCAAGGUGUGAUCAAUUUUCAGCUGAGCUAUUUAGAGUCGAUUCUAUUCCCCGUCCAGUUCCUGUACUUUGCAACUCUACAAUUUCAGCCAAUUCGACACAAUCUAGCCGAGCUAAAAACAACUUUUGUUCGAAAAUAUGGACUACUUGUCAAAAUGUAUCUGUGCUAAAUUCACCCUUUUCGGGGUCAUUACAAGGUCGAGCUGGAGCACCGGUAGUGUUGAACUCAACUAAAUUAACAGAUGUGUGGCAAUCACAAAAGGAUUUUUGUGAUGCGUUUGGUGGAGCUUCUGAUGAUGAAUCUGUAUGUUUCAAUGGAGAACCUGUCACCCUGAAUAGUACGGGAAUUCCAAGUCCUCCGAGUGGUAUGUGCCUCGAGAAGAUAGGGAAUGGAUCUUACCUCAACAUGGUUCCUCAUCCAGAUGGCUCAAACCGCGCGUUCUUCUCGAACCAGCAAGGGAAGAUUUGGUUAGCUACAAUUCCUAACGAGGACUCGGGAGAAACACUAGAACUCGAUGAAUCCAAUCCUUUCCUAGAUUUAACCGAUGAAGUUCACUUCGAUACUCAAUUUGGAAUGAUGGGAAUAGCGUUCCAUCCGAAAUUCUCGGAGAACGGCCGGUUUUUUGCUUCGUUCAACUGUGAUAAGGCAAAGUGGCCGAAGUGUGGAGGAAGAUGUGCGUGUAAUUCAGAUGUGAAUUGUGAUCCCUCGAAACUAGGCAAUGAUAAUAGUGCACUGCCGUGUCAAUAUCAGGCUGUGAUCGCCGAGUUCACGGUCAAUGGUACUGCAUCCCAGCCUUCUAUGGCAACAAAAGCCAUACCUUCAGAAAUCAGAAGGGUUUUCACCAUGGGACUUCCUUUUACAGCACACCAUGGGGGCCAAAUUCUUUUUGGACCAAAAGAUGGAUACUUGUACUUCAUGAUGGGGGAUGGCGGGGGUACGGGCGAUCCAUACAAUUUUUCUCAAAACAAGAAAUCUUUGCUCGGAAAAAUCAUGAGACUUGACAUCGAUACCACACCAAGUGCUAAAGAUAUCAGUCAGCUUGGCUUGUGGGGUAACUAUUCUAUACCCAAGGACAAUCCUUAUACUGUAGACACAGAUUUGCAGAAAGAAAUAUGGGCUAUAGGACUACGAAAUCCUUGGCGCUGCAGUUUCGAUUCUGCAAGGCCUUCUUACUUUAUGUGUGCAGAUACAGGGCAGGAUCAAUAUGAAGAAGUGGAUGUGAUUACCAAGUAUGGAAAUUAUGGAUGGCGAGUAUACGAGGGCCAUUAUGUUUACACUCCUCCGGCUACACCUGGUGGAAAUACUUCAGUGAAAUCCAUAAGUCCGAUUUUCCCUGUGAUGGGUUACAACCACUCUGAUGUAAACAUAAAUGAAGGCUCAGCAUCAAUCACCGGUGGCUAUUUUUAUCGGUCUAUGACUGAUCCUUGCUUAUAUGGAAGGUAUUUGUUUGCAGAUCUUUAUGCAGGUGCAAUAUGGACAGGCACCGAGAAUCCCAUUAGCAGUGGGAACUUCAGUAGUAACAAGAUAAAUUUCACUUGUGCUUCUGAUUCUCCUUUAAAAUGCACCUUUUCUCCUGGAAGUUCAUUUCCAGCUUUGAGUUACAUUUUCUCUUUUGGCGAAGAUAACAACAAGAAUGUCUAUCUCCUCACCGAUAGUGGAGUUUACAGGAUUGUCCGUCCAAGUCGUUGCCAAUACGCAUGUGCUAAGGAAAAAGACGUGAAAAUUGCAUCCCCAGGUCCUGUUUCCUCCCCUCCUUCGAAAGCAAGCCAGUCGAGAAGUCCAUGCAAGAGUCUGUUGACUCUUCUCUCAUUGCUAUGCUUAUUGCUUAGAAAUAGUCAUUGGCAAGCUCAAAGAUUUGCUGGUAACUCACAAGUCAUGAAGAAUGGUGCUGGUCCAGUUUCAGCAUUUCCCGGCACGUUGGACAAGAAUAAUGUCGUAGUCUCAUCAACAAUGCAACAACUGUGUCAACAGAAUCUUAUGGUAUCUGACUCUAACCAGGAUGCCUCCUGUAGGGUAAUGGAACUGCAAUAUGCACUAGCCAACAAGGCAACAGGCAUAGCUUUACCUCUGCAAGAGGCGGAAAAAGAGGUGAUUAAGAAGAAGAAAAAUGGGCUUAGGCUUAAGGUUAAGAUUGAAAAUUCUUCAUUAACGAGAAAUAGUCAUUGGCAAGCUCAAAGAUUUGCUGGUAACUCACAAGUCAUGAAGAAUGGUGCUGGUCCAGUUUCAGCAUUUCCCGGCACGUUGGACGAGAAUAAUGUCUUAGUCUCAUCACCAAUGCAACAACUGUGUCAACAGAAUCUUAUGGUAUCUGACUCUAACCAGGAUGCCUCCUGUAGGGUAAUGGAACUGCAAUAUGCACUAGCCAACAAGGCAACAGGCAUAGCUUUACCUCUGCAAGUAAGCAUGCCUAUUUCUGUCCCAAAUGAAGGUGCCUUCUCCAAUACAUUACCUAGGUGA